UUAAAAAUGAGGGCUGUUUAUUCUUGGUAAAUAGUUUUUGAUUGGUUGCAAUGCAAAUGUUGUCAAGAUGUGGAUUUGCUAUCAUCCUCAGUGUUUUCACUUUAUUGAAUGAAUCCUGAAUUUAAUCGCUUCUACGUAAUAUUUUCUUAUAUCUUCGUUUCUUUUUCAUAAAAUAAAGUAUAUUGGGUGUUUUAUGUUUCCAUUAGUAAAUUGUAUUAUUCCUCUACUUUUGCGGCGAUGGAGUCUCCGCCUUCAUUUUCUACACAAUCGGAAGCACCUCCGCUAAGUGAAGAUAGUGGCUUGCUGAUUACAAGUGGUUCGUUUUCUAGUGAUUCUGCCAGUGGAUGGCAGCACGUCGCAUCCGAGUUGCAGGAAAGUGAUUUUGAUGAGAGAUCACUGUCACUUUGUGAAUCAACAGAAACCUCAGAACGCAUGUGCGGCGAUUUUUUCAACACAGUAAAAAAAGGACCUGCAAAAGUAAUUCUAACAACAAUAGAACCCCCACCAGAAUUUCAGGAUAAUCCGAUUCCGGCUAUUGUAGACAAAUGUUCGGCUGUGCUUGUGCCUCCAUCAGUUAUUUGUACGAAUGAAUCUCCGAAUAAAAUAAAAUUGACUAGUUUAGAUAUUCCUAUGUCCACGAGCCACGUAUCACCUAUAUACCCAAGGAAAAUAAUACCAGAAUCAUUGUACGACCGGCGGCAAUGUUUAAAUCACCGAUUUGCAAGCCCGAGAUUACUCCACCUCAGUCCGUGUCGGGCCACAAGACCUUCCUCAAGGAAUUCCCUUUCAUCACGAUUGUCUAGCAGUCACAAUUCUCUUAUAACUCAGUUUCAAGCUGAUGAUUCCAGUUUUAUUACGCAAGCAAUAUCUCAUGAUACUUUGUCAGCUAAAACGUCCGACAUAACGGACAUGUACAAUGUUCCCUUCGAUAGCGAUAUUUACGCAGUACCCAUAGAUAUGGUUCGACCCAACCGUAGUAAUAUUCGUAAUAAAGGCAAGAGGUUGCCAAGAAAUAACAAGAAGCGUGGUAAGAGCACUCCUCAGAAUAUAGGCAGCAAUUGUCAGUUAGAAAGGGUACCUAAAUUAAAAGAAACUUCAAGACAUAAGGAUGCAAAAACUAAACGUCACAGUUUACCAAGUUCAUCAAUUAAAAAAAGCGCAACUGACUCUGAUACCGAUUCACUCCAAGUGACUCUUCGUGAAAUGCGAAAAUAUUUGCACACCUUAUAUUCUAGUUCUAGUGAUUCUGAAUGCAGGAAUACAAUAAAUAAGAAAAGUAAUGCUAUCAUAACCAAUGUGGGAAUACACACAAGACAUUGUAAUAGGGAAACAACAACUGCUGUUUUAUUGAAAGAAAGCAACGAGCUAAGUAAAGCGAUGGAAACCAAUAACAACCACAAAAAAUCUAGCAAGAACUCUUUCGGAAUGAACACCAAGAACAAAAAACAUAAAGAGAAUAUACCGAAGGAAAUUUUAGGUGUAGAUAAAAAUGAUAAGUCCGUUAAAAAGUCGAACCAGUGUCAGAAGACAAAAGUUAAUCCUGUGAGAAUAUUGUCGAUCAAUUUAAAACAGAGCUUUUGUAAUUUGUUUCGCUGGCGAAGGCAGCCGGUGGUCGAUACUGCUGCAGACGUGGAGAAAGUGGCAGGCGGUAAAGAAAGCCCUCCAGCGGCAGUCAGACGCGCUCUGCCUCCACUGCCACAAACGCCCCAUACUUCCCAUAGGUCCGUCAAUGAAGAAGAUCAAGUCAUGGAUUUUGCCACUUCUCUGCAAAAAGUCAAAGAUUAUGGUUGGUAUUGGGGUCCCAUAUCAGUCGAGGCGGCAGAAAAAAUACUUUCAAAUGAACCAGAUGGAUCCUUCAUUGUACGGGAUAGCAGUGAUGACCACUACAUAUUCACCUUGACCUUUAAAUUAAACGGGCUAAGACAUGUUAGGAUAGAGCAUGAUCAGGGUAACUUUUGUUUCGGCGGUUGCACGAUGUUCAAAGCUCAGACCAUAGUGGAGUUUAUCGAAAACGCUGUGGAGACGUCGAGAAGCGGCCGCUACUUGUUUUUCUUGAACCUGAGGCCGGUGCUGGGCCCCGUCCGUGUACAACUACUGUACCCAGUGUCCAGGUUUAAGCGAGUGCAGAGUUUGCAGCAUAUGUGCAGAUUUGUGAUAUUAAAAUACGUACGUCGUGACCUCAUCAGUAACCUGCCCCUACCAAGACGUCUUUUAGAUUACCUAAGUGCUACUCAUUAUUACUCUGAACUACUCGCCGAUAUAUAGGUGAUAGAUAUUUAACUAUUUAGUAUUUACUAUUUAGGCCUGACGCUUACAGACUGACCUUUAGCGCUCGCAUAUCUUCAUAUCGGUGACUUUCAUUCAAUGAAUUCACUAACUGUGCAUCACAUUUAAUGAUAAAAAGCAGAACACGCGGUGUUCGUCGUUUUUCUGUCAGCGUAAGGUUGAUAUUCGCCUAACAUUAACGGCCCCUGGUUAUACACCAACUUUUUUACUGAUAAAGUAAUAAAUAGAGGAAAUAUCGAAUCUUAAUUUAACACACAUAUGAAUUUAAAAUUCAAUCGUAUUAUAGUUUAUUGAAUUAAUGGUAUAUAUGUAACAUAUAUAUGUAAAUGUAUUUGCUGUUUUUACCCUGCACACUUUUUCGAGUAUAUUAGAGCCAAUAUGAAUUUAUUUAGAUGUAUAAGCAAUAGAUACCAGACUUCGUGCCUCAAUGAUCUAUAAUUUUGAACAUAAAUAUUCGAGACAUGUUAUAGUUUUGAAGUAUGUAUGUAUACAAUAUUAGAUGAUUAGAUGAUAUUCAGCUAUUUACUGCAUAUUAAAUGAGCUAAGUGCAACCUAAGCAAUCCUAGCAAGUACAACUUAAUUUAUUUAUGUAAAGAACUCAAUAAUCACAUUACAAGUAGCUGUUUGACAUUAAGGGUGUUAUAAUUUUAUUUAUUUUCAGGUUGUGUGGAAUUAAAAUUAGUAAUUUUAGAAUAACGUAAUGUUUUGUAACGAAGUUAUAUUUAAAUAUUUAUUACAGUUUAGCUUAACGCGUUAAUGAAUGAAUCCCUUUGUAUGUAAAUAUUACGUAACGUUGUAUGUUUUCAUAUUGUAUGUGACCUAUACUUAUUUAAGCCUGAUAAGAAAAACUGGUAAGGAUUUAUUAUAACUAUUCGGUUUGAAAUGACGCAUAUAUGUAAAUCGUGUCGCUUUUUUCUGAUCAUAGAUCCAUUAAUAAAUUAGUUAUACCUACCUUCUAUUCACAAACAUAAUGUAUAGGGUUAUAAGUUUAAGUAAAGGGUCUAUUUAAGUUUGUUUGGCAAUUUCAAUAUGUUUAAAAUGUUUUCACACUGUCAGGCUAGGUUAUAAUUUAUUUUAUGCAAAUUCAUAGUUAUGAAACUUUAAUGCAGCGGCAUGUUGUUUCAUAACCAGUCGAUGCGUUGUUAACCAAAGAUAAUUAUAAAUUAACAUUUAUUGUAUUAAUGACUUUCGUUAUAUAUUUUUAAAAUUUGUUGUAAUAAGCAAAUACGGUCAGUUUUAACAAUAAUUAAUAAUUCCUUUUCAAUUACCACCGUAACUUUAAAUAUAAGAUAUGACAUUAAGGUAUUACAAAGAAAUACAUAUCACCUUGAUACUGUUGAAUAAUGUUAUAUCGAACCUGUUACUGAGGUCUAAUUUCUAAAUAAUACAUGCUGUGUUACAUAUUGAGGGUUGAUGUUUCAGCUCUCAUAUUUAUUGAAUCGUACAAAUAUUACAUUUGUCACUGUUACACUAUAGGUGAUUGUUGCACGGUACCUACUAAAAAUAUCUAUCACUAAUACAAACAUCAGAUUUUUACUUAGAACCUGUUGAGGUUCAAAUAACACUUUAUUGAUUUCUGAUGCGCUAAAUACUGUUAAUGCGAGUCAUGUGGAAGUCAUUGUUACAAGUAACGGCAUAACGGUUGUCUUUUUUUCUUUCAAGGCCUUCGAUGAUUAUUCUGUUUGAUACGUAGGGAGGCAGAGGCAUGAAUAAUAUAUAAGAUGCUGUAAAAACAACAGCGCAGAAAGACGUGCCCUAGAAAAGAAACAUAUUAGCCGCUUGAGAUAGGAAUCUGCUCCGUUUUGUAGGUCACACACAUUCCAGGGUUGCUCUUUGAACAGUUGUUCUAAAACAGUUGCCUUAUAUACCAUUUAGAGUAGUCACUUGAUGUCGAUCUAUAACAAUACUAAGCAGGGCACCCUUUAACAUUGAGAACACUCAUAGCAUAAUAAUCGUGAAGUCUCCAGCAUAAUCACUCUUGUUGAACAAUGGCUUUCGGUGCUAGGAAUCAAAAUCUACUAGAUUCUUAAUUGAACCACUAAAUAUCGUCAUGUUUUCUUAAUCGUGUAGGUCUUAUUACCUUUACUCAUAGAAAUAUAAAAUACUAUGAUCCAAAUAGGUACCCAGUGAUAUGUUUUAAAGAUACUUUAUAACAGCGGCCGGAAUAAUUCAUAAGUGCUUAUAAUUCAAUGAAAUUGAAUUGUGAUGUAGUAGACAACAUGCAAUAAACGUGUAAUUAUAGGUAAUUAUUAUUUGUACACACAUUAAUACAAUAAACUUGAUUUGUGAC